ACACGCUGUCAACAAAAUACCCCCAAACAUUUCUCACAUCUGUCGUCCCCUUUCAUGGUCAAACUCCUAAAGCCCCCGACCCCCGGAGAGAGAGAGAGAGAGAGAGAGAGAGAGAGGUGAAAGCCAACGCCCCACCACAGAAGGAAAGAUUGUGUUGGCUGUGAAAUAUUCAGACUCCGUGGCUGUACAUUUCGCCCGCCUACUCCUGAUUACUUCUCCGUGUUCACUUCACUCCAGAGUAUCUUAUCGCCUCUUAAGCGCUUAUUUCCUCCAUAUUGGACUGCAAAUAGACAUAUAUAGUAAUUAAAACACCUCGGGACCUCGGGGCAUUUUCCACAGAUCCUCCAGACAGGUUAUUUCAGCCUACAUAUCUUACUGUAGUCUCCUGUUGCUAGGGACUGGAACCUGGUUAUUAAAAUGGCAGAUACUGAAGCAAGUCCAAGCUGUGUGGACAAACUGAAGGCUUAUGUACGGACUCGGAAAGGGACCAUACUGGCUGUGGAAAUACUCCUGAGCUUUAUCAUCAUCAUCUGUUACGCAGCAUCAGCGUAUGGCGGAUAUUCAGCAGUGGCUAUUUGCGAGAUGGUCUUUGCCAUCGUCUUCUUCGUCAUCUUCAUGAUGGAGUUGGAUAAGCAGUUCCUGGUUGUCAACUGGCUUUGGAGUGAUUUGUUCCGUGCCGGGAUUGGUGCACUGCUGUUCAUCAUCACCUCCCUGAUUUGUGUGAUCGGCGGAGCCGGAGACGGAGCGCGCAUCGCAGGGGGGGUGUUUGGACUUAUCGCAGGCAUUCUGUUUGGUUAUGAUACCUACACAAUUUUUGCAGAAAUCAAGAGCACCCGAGGGCAGUCGGCCGUUUCCACAGAUGCUUGAACACUUUUAUAACAGCAACAGCACCCACUUGGGAAGACUUGGGGAAGAAACAAGGGAUUGAAACAUGGCAAACUAAGAACGAUGAGGUCAAUGUUGUGGAGUUGUGAAUGCUGCACAAUGGUCAAAACAUGACACAAACGAACUGAAAUAUCUGAGCUAGUUAAAGGGAGGCACUGUAUAUGAUAGCAAGUUGUAAUUACUCCUGCUUAAACCAAAGCACCACAAAUAUUUGGACAUGAUGUCGUCUGGCCUCUUUUUAUAGCAAAUAUUUCAGCCUGUCGAAGCACUAACAUUUUAGGGUAUGACAAAACAGCUCGUUUUAACAUCACAGGACUAGGGACAUGACUAGGGAAUUCAGAAUGGAACGGACGAGACGGGUCAAACUUUUAAAAUGCUCAGUCCGUCUUUCCCAAGUCAAAAGGGAAACAUCACACCAAGUAAGGGAACUGCAGAGAAGAAAUCUUGAUUCCAUUUAGGUUUGGAGCUGUGUUGAGUCUGUUUUAAAAAAAAAAAUACAAUGUCCACUUGAAUUGGCAAGGUGGAACGUUUCAGUUACAAUUGAUUUAUUUCUAACAACUAAUAUUUGAUAAUUGUAUGGGUUAUAGUUGUGCAUUUGCAUAAAAUAAUUAAUCUGAAGUACUACGAUAGUAGAGGUGAGAUGUUUCUCUCUAGUUAUUUUAUUUUUUUUAAAUACUAGCCGUCAAAUGAAUAGAAGUAAUACUAUAAAAUUUAUAACAGUGCUUUGCGAUAUUUCUGUUUCAGAUUUGUUUAAUGUUUCGUUAGAAUGUUGUUAAUUGACGUUUUCCUCCAUUUUCAUUUAACAGUAACAGGGAAAAUAAAGGGUGCUACCACACCCUGAUGUUUGAAUGAUUGACCCAAGUUCCAAAUGUAGAUUAUAGAAGGUUUUUCGUGUUUAAACAUGUUCACUGUACACUUGCAACAGGAAUAAAGCUUGAAUGCAACCUCACUCUUGUAUUAGUUAAUAAUGUUUCUACAGGAAACGGAUAAAAACCACCUUUUUUUUGGACUAUAAAGAACAAUAGUAUGUAUUCGCUCAGUGAUUUGAUACUGCACUGUUUUCCUUAAUCUGUGAUCUGAUCUAAAUUGUUUCUGUGCAUUAUCUGAUUACAGUGGGGUUAUUUAUUUAUUUGCUAGAUUCACACAGCCCUAUAUAAAGAAAUUUUUUAUUGUUUUGUGUGAUAGAUUUUGUUCAUGAAGGCCUGCCAUUAUUUCUUUUCCCAUGUUGUUUCCUGGGGUUAAUAUGCUUUAUUGCUUUUUACACAGUAUGAGUUUUAUACUUUUAUAGUAAAAAAAAAAUAGGCUACUGAAAAUGUUAUUAUUAGUUGCCUGUACUGUAACAGCCUUAAGACUUUUUGUCAACAAACUCAGGAUACUCAGGAUAGAAGAAAGUUCCAAUGUUCAACACUUUUAUGUUCAUUCUUGAUAAGAUCGAGAAGAGGAUAUUCUGCAGUAUUUUUAUUUUAUUGUCAUGUUUCUAAUGUUCCUGUUUUGUUUUUUCAUAAAGCAAUGCAGAAUAAAAAUCUUAUAACCAAA